CGCCCCGCCCCCGAGGUCAGGGGUCAGCGGAUGGCGAAAGAGUGGCUGAAAGUGGCGGGGAUACGAGGUCCCGGAUCUAUGGCUCCGCCGCAGCGCUGUCCCCUCUGCCGCCAGACCUUCUUCUGUGGUCGCGGACACGUCUACAGCCGCAAACACCAGCGGCAGCUGAAGGGAGCUUUAGAGCGGUUUCUGCCCCAAGUGGAGGCCGCCCGCAAGGCCGUCCGCGCCGCUCAGGUGGAGCGCUACAUGCCCGAGCACGAGCGGUGCUGCUGGUGCCUGUGCUGCGGCCGCGAAGUGCGGAAACACCUGAGCUACGGCAACCUGACGGUGCUGCACGGGGCGCUGCUGGAGCAUCUAGCCAGUCCAGAGCACAGGAAAGCGACCAACAAAUUCUGGUGGGAGAACAAAGCUGAGGUCCAGAUGAAAGAGAAAUUUCUGAUCUCCCCCCAGGACUAUGCACGAUUUAAGAAAUCCAUGGUGAAAAGUUUGGAUUCCUAUGAGGAGAAAGAGGACGAGGUGAUCAAAGAGGUGAGCCGAAGGAAAGGUCUGUGGCGUCCGACCCCGCAGGCAGGCCCGCUCAGCACCCUGUCUCCCACAGAUGGCGGCUCAGAUCCGGGAGGCGGAGCAAAGCCGGCGGGAGGUGGUCCAAUCUGCCUUAGAGCCUCAGACAGAGCCAGAUCCAGAAGAGGGCUCUUCAGUACCUGGAAGCUGGAAAGGGACAAACAGGUAAGGCUGUCAAGGGACUCGCUGGAGUCUGGCGACCGUGUGGCUGGGAAAUGGGUACAGAGCUACUCUGCCAUCCUUGCGGUCAGAGCCUCAUCUGCCAGCCUGGCUCGUUUGCCUUUCAGCCAAGUAGCCUGCAGUUCACAGCAGCCCUCAUCCUUCGACCUGCCAGCGGCUCCAGAACUUGACUGGACGGAGCCCGGACAAUCUCUGACAUUCAUCGGCCACCAGGAUAUGCCUGGAGUUGGUAACAUCCACUCAGGUGCCACACCACCUUGGAUGAUUCAGGAUGAGGACUACAGCUCUGGGAAUCAACAAAUAGGACCUUCCUAUGAAGAAUUUCUUAAAGAAAAGGAGAGACAAAAACUGAAGAAACUGCCCCCAGACCGAGUCGGGGCCAACUUUGAUCAUAGCUCCAGCACCAGUGCAGGCUGGCUGCCUUCUUUUGGCAGAGUCUGGAACAACGGGCGGCGCUGGCAGUCCAGGCACCAAUUUAAAACCGAAGCUGCAGCAAGGAACAAACAGCAGCGUCGUAAAGGAAAAAGCUAAUCAUUCCCAGACGUUUUCCCACAACCAACCCUCACCCACUAAUACUCCUGCCACCAAGCCCUGUUAUGGAACAGAAACAGACCCGUUCAUUUAAUAAUAAAGUUUUAUUUUUUCCAAAUGUA